AUUCAAUUACAGUGUCAGGACCACUGCGCCGCAGCUCACCCGUCCCCAUUGCAUCAUCUGUUGUGGCACACUGAACUUGUCAUUAUCAACAAACGUCAACCGGGAUCACAUUCGGCUAGAACUACUCGUGGCUUCACCGGAGUGUCUUGGGCCACUACUUGGGCCUGGGCUUGCUGUGAAGGUGGAAUCACGAACCAGAAACCAUGUCUGAUGACGACGAAUACCGGCAACGACAAGAGGAUGAGUUGGCCGCCAUCCGGCUCAUUUACUCGGCUCCAGGAGAAUGUGAGGACCUGCGCGGGGACUCGCCCAAGACAGGGCGCCCUCCGGACCUUGUCCUGCGCCUGCGCGCCGCUGAUGGCGGCAGGGCGCUGAAGCUGCGGCUGAAGAUGCCGGCCCGCUACCCGGACGUCCCUCCGGCGAUAGAGCUGCUGGAGCCGCAGCAGUUGUCCGUCAUCGAUUUGGAGAGGCUGGGUGCCGAGCUGCGCCGUGAGGCGCGCAGAAAACUGGGCUCCGAGAUGGUCCUGGACCUGGCAAAGCUGGCCGAGAAGCUGCUGAACGCCGCCGCACUAUCCCAGGCAGUCUCUGCUGAGAGUGCGGACCUCAGCGAGAUCUUGCAAGAAGAGGACGCCAGUGGGCUGACCUCGAACACCAUGUCUACCACAGACACUGAGCAGCCUUCCAGAUCGGAACGCGUCGCUCCAUCGGUGAUUACCGAAUCUUCUUGUCUGAGUGAGAGUGUCAGUGAGGUCACAUCGGCCUCCGUUGUUUCAGAAGGCACUUUGAUACCCAGUCAGCACCUUCUACACAAUUUCAAAAUCAUUGAUAAGCUUGGAUCGGGAGCGUAUGGUACCGCCCUGAAAGUGCAAAAUAAACUGGACGAAAAGAUCUAUGCUGUUAAAAGGAUCGAGUUAAAGCAAACACAGUCAAGUGCUUAUGAGCGCAUCAUAACAGAGGCAAAGUGUCUGGCCAAACUUGAGCAUAUAAAUGUUGUUCGGUAUUACACUUCUUGGAUAGAGAGGAAAGAAGAGAAUGGUGAUGAUGAUGAUGAUGAUGAUGAUGAUGAUGAUGAUGAUGAUGAUGAUGAUGAUGAAGGCGAGGAAGAUGACGGAAGAGGAGACAACGAAUACGAUUUUGAAAAGAAAAGAAAGGACAUAGAGGAUGGAGAAAGGCACGAGCAAGACUUAUGCGCUAAAAACAAGGGGAAUGAGAAGGAAUCAUCUAGUGAUUUUAUCGAAUUCAAGGACGGCUCCAGUCCCACCAAAAGUAGCGCCGACGGAGCGGCCGACUGCAGUUGUCGUAUCUUUCUCUGUAUCCAGAUGGAGUACUGCGAAAACCGAACACUGCGAUCAGCACUGCACCAAGUCCACCUGGAGCCGCAGCGACUCUGGAGACUCUUUCGCGAGAUCGUCGAAGGUCUGCGGCACGUUCAUCAGCAUCGUCUGAUACACCGGGAUCUCAACCCGAGCAACAUCUUCCUCGAUCGCAACGAUCAUGUAAAAAUCGCUGAUUUUGGUUUAGCCACCUUCAAAGCUGUGAAACAAAGAAAUGAAGUGUCGAAUUCAAACUUCAACAAGGCGAACACGGCCCAGGAAGCGCACAGUGCUCUGUCAGAGGGAGGAAUGACGUGUCCUGGAAACCCUAUCGGAACAGUGUUUUACUGGGCACCGGAGUUUGAGUCAGAGCCUGGAGAACAGAAGCGACGAGUCUACACGGAGAAAGUUGACGUAUACAGCCUCGGCGUGAUCUGGUUCGAAAUGUGUUGCGGCAGCUUCGACACACGUUCUGAACGAGCACACCAUUUAUAUCAACUACGACAGGCUGAUGUGGAGAUAGACAGUGACAUACAAGAACGCCUCACAGACCAGCAACUGAAGCUGCUGCACUGGCUGCUGCAACACGAUCCGGCGAAACGACCCUCGUGCGAGGAGAUCCUCAGCUCGGAGCUGGUGCCGAAACCUCCCCUUGAGGAGAGCAGCUGGCGCAGCAUGGUUGAGGCAUGUUUCGCACGCCGUCCCUCGAAAGGAGCGCGCUUCAGCGAUGAUGUGUUGUCAGAAGACUGCAGCGUGUCAUCGAAGAGGGCCGCUCUGGAGUGGACUGUACGCCAGCGGCUGGAGAGGCAGCUCCGUCAGCACGGCGCCGUGCCGCUGACUGCGCCGCUGCUCGCCGCAUCAGACGCCGACCAGGCUCACAGCAGUGCCGUCCGCCUGAUGACCCGCUCCGGAGCGCUGGUCCAGCUGCCCAGCUCCCUCCGAGCGUCGUUGACCCAGCUGUUGGCUCGGCGAGGCGUCACCUCCCUGCGCUACUUCUCGAUCGGGCCAGUGUUCGAGGAGUGCCAGCCGCCGGGAGCGGCCUCGCAAGUGCGUCAGGAGGUGCUGGUCGGCUGGCACGCCCCGGCCAGUGACGCGCCGCUCGCCGACGCUCACUUAUUAGUCGUGCUCUGCGACCUUCUGGCAGCAUUUCCAAAGCUGGCUGCCAAGGACCACUGGCUGGUGCUCGGGCACACGAAGCUGUCGGAGGCGACGCUGGACGUUGCCAGGGUGCCUGAAAACUGCCGAGAGGCGACUCUUCGACUGGUUCAGCGACAUGGCAGCAGCGCCGACCAACGCCAGUUGCAGCGCGACUUGGAGUCGCUGGGCCUCUCCAAGAAGUGUGUGAACCAGCUGGCCAGCCUGCUGGAGCUGCGCGGGACGCUGGAGACGGUGCGCAGGGCGCUGACCAGACGCGGCCUCUCGCCGAUGGCGCGCCAGGCGCUGGACGAGGUCUCCCAUGUCGUGGAGCUCGCGCGGGAGAUGGGAGUCCAGUGCCAGGUGGUGAUCUACCCGGGUCUGUCGCUGGAGGGCGAACAGCACCAGAUGGCAGGCCUGCUGUUCCGGCUGCUGAUACGGCAGCGUCGCGGCGCUGGUCUGGCCCUGCUGGCGGAGGGGGGUCGUCACGAUCCGCUGCUGGCCCGCUGCUGGUCCCAGCGCCCACCUCCCGCUCUGCCAGCUCCGUCCGCCGGAGCUGCCAGCGUCUCCCUGGAGAUGAUGAUAGAAGCAGCUGAGGAGGAGGAGGCCGAUCAGGGAAGGCAAGAACGUGCUCCGUUCCAGGUGGUAGUCACCGUCGCGGACGACGCAGAUCGUCGCUCUGCGCGACUCCGACAGGCCUCCGUCGCUCGGCGGCUGCGCAGUGCCGGUAUCGCUGCUGUCAACUAUGCCGGUGAUGGAGGGGACGACGAAGAGGGCGACGUCGACCACGCAGUUCGCUGGGCAGCGGAGAGCGGCGCCGCAGCGCUCAUCGUCGUCGAUCCCUCGAAGGAGGGACCCGUGGUGAGCGUGAAGCAGCUGCACGUGCGCCGCUGUUCCGAACGUGUUGUUUCCCUUGAUGACCUGGUUCAGCAUCUCGCAAAAAUGGGGAUCAGUGGCUAGAUGUGCGUCAAAGCUCAUUCAUCUUACUGCGUGGCAGAAAUGGUGGGCUGAUGACAGUGUCCUGUGCAGACUUUGAGCGACUAGUUUCGAUUAUGAGUCACCAAACAGGCAUCAGUGACGCUUAAAAUAACAAGUACUUGCGCAUUUGAAAAUGAUUUUUUUAUUACGAGCUUGAUAUUCUAAGCCAUUUCUAAAACUUUUCUGUGAUAUUUUCAAUAACUGUAGUAAACAACUGCCUUGACUAAUUGGUGCCUUAACCCUCGCCGAACCUAUUGGUUUUCUACAUACGCGCCGGCCGAGGGGGGGGGGGGGGGCGGGUACGACCCCCCUCGCCGUUUCGCCACUGGUGGAGCUAGCGCGUCGCGGAAAAAACGAGCGUGUGCACCGUUACGAGACGCAGAGAUUGGUACCCGAUUUUAAGGCCCUAGGUCAACCGGUGACCUCUGAGGUCAGGUCAAUUGCCCCAAGGUACGGUUCAGUUUUUGGUGAAUAACUUCGCAAAAAACGGCCGCAGAGCCGCGAUUUUGGCAGCAUCGUGUUUGCCUCGCUCAGGCACGUCGAAAGAUAUGCUUUUUGUUCGGGUCAGGUCAACUUAGGGUGUUGACCUCAGGUUAAGGUCAGGUCAGCACCCCUAGGUCACUAAGCUGGUCGAAAGAGGUCAUGUCGCAUAUCAUUCGAUUCGGCAGGUCAUCCUGAGUCCAUUGGCGGUUUUCCCGACUCGCUAGCUCAAUUUGAUCAAGAGUUAUUGACGAAAAACUAAAAUGACCUUGAUGACGUCAUAAAUGACGUCACGCAAGGUCAACAUUGCAAAAGUGACGCAUCUAACCUUGCAAGGAGUGCAUCAAAUCACGAUUGUGUGUGCUUGAGAUAGUUGGAGAUCGUUCCAGGCGCCAGAAUAGCAGUUUUCAUUUUUCCCCAUUGACUUAUAAUGGUGAGGUUACGAAAAUGACCUGACCUCAUAUGACCUUUAGGAAAAAUCCGAGAUAUACAAGUUGUGAGAAUCAUAAUGGAUACUAGAUCCUGCAAGUUUCAUUUCCCUGUGACAUCUCCUCUGGCAGUGAGGGCGUUGCGAAGUUGCGACAUCUGAAGACCGUGCAGAGGUUCACUUAUGACGUCAUAGGUCAGUGACCUGACCUGACCAAAAAAUGCGGUUGCUGUUAAAAGAUCCGGCUUGAAUCAAAGAUCAAGUAUGCCAAGUUGCAGCUCUCUAUCACCAGCGUGUUCGGAGCAAUCGCGAAAAACCCCUAUGGGGGGGGGGGUGGGUGCCGCCUCCCCCCUCGGCCGGCGAGGGUUAACUAAUGAAUAUUGAUAACUAAUAAUAUUGCGAACGGUGUAGUGAGGAUGCUACAUGAAGUGGGUAAAACUGUAUAAGCGAGUUAUGAAUCGACGAGAUAGGUAUGCCUGGGGAAGAAAAUUGUUGUCAGCUCUGCAAGUAACGUCUGUAACUUUUUUCUUACCUGUUUGCUAUUAGCGCCAAUAAAUAUACUUUGGGGGCUGAGAGUUGUGUUUCAUUGCCUGUUAUAUACCUUAGCACGUGGACCACCUUUAAAUAACCAACCGUCUUAAA